AUGAGGCCCGAAGAUGAACUGAUACUGAGGAAGCUGCACGACAUGCUGCGGAACACAGCGGACCAGCUGACCGAGCUGACUGGGGAACUGACUGGGAAACACGCACCCCCCCACAUAGGGGUUGUAAGGGAGUCGCGACCCACCCCGCUCGACGACGAAUAUAAUGAGAAACUUCGGAUACAAGAAAUUGUGAAUGCCAAAUUUCAUGGAUACAAAUUAGUUAACAACACGCCGUCUACCCCUAAAACUUUGCUAAAAGAUCUUCUAAAAGAAACUAUCGAAGCAAAUGUCAUUAAACCAAAAACGAAACUUGUGGACACAAGUGUUCAAGUUAAUUAUACGCCGACUCUCAAAAAACGGACGGUUAAAAAGAAGGAAUUAGGAAUAUCACGGACGGAAACGCUUCAAAUUGACGGAAAAACUAAAGAUGAAGCUAAAAGCAACGGCACACAUAACAGGACACUUAAAAAUUGCUUUCCAUCAGUCGCCUAUAAUGAAUUAACAUAUCACGUGGAACCGAAGAUAACGACUUCAUCAUCACAAAAAGCUCUACAAGUUCAAGAAAUGCCCAGCAUUAAUAUAAGAAGCGAGCUGACGACCCAAAAAGUUGUACAACUAGACAUAUACCCUGACUCUGAAGAAACUCCAAGCAAUGCUCCUCAAACUAAUGCUUUGGUUUUAACACUACAACACGAACCAGAACCCACGCAGAGAUGUGAUAAUAAAAAUACGUUUGUUCACAUUCACCAAACAUCCAUUGCAACCAAACAAAUAUACGAUCAACCCACUGUGAGAAAGGUGUCCAAGAUGUCGCCUCACGAGAGCAGUGACUCGACGAAUAAUAUUAAUACUUAUUUACGACGGAGAGGAGCUCGCCCCGGGCAGGAUCAGGCUGCUCCUGAAAUAGAAACAUACGCACACGGAAAAACUAAAAAUAAUAACAUAAAGAGGGCAUCGAGAGGAAGAGACACGCGUUUAGAUGAGUGGAAGAAGAAACUUAAUGCUGUUUAUGGUAAAACUAAGGGUACCUACAAAACUAAGAGACCUCACGCCGGUGUAACAAACAUCGCUAAUGAGACUAAGUCUCCGAGGAAAUCUAAUAACACGGAGUAUAUACCGUAUACAAAACUCACGCUGGGCGGAGUCAACGUCAGUGACAUAGAAAAGGAGAUAUGUAACGUACCCGACAAAAACGUUAUCAUAAGUCCAAUUUUAGACAAAAUUCUGAGUCGGGAGAACUCAUUCCAUAACGAGAGUCCUCGAGUCAUCAAAAACAACAAAAUCCUCACUUCAUCAGAUGAAAACUUACUGCAAGAAGUUAUCGAUAUCGAAAGUCAGGUCACGAGCACACUCUCCAAAGAAAUUAAUACACAAAAAUCAGAAAAUGGGGAAAAUAUAGCGAAGGAUAAUUUAGACAGCGAUGUGUAUGAUGAUGACUUUGAAGAUAAAUCAGACGAAGACAGGCGGAGUGAAUCAAACGAACCGGGAUCAGCGCGGGAGCAGGCCGCCAACAACGGGGCUAAGGACGAGGAGCUCAACAACUCGGAUGAAACGACGCACAACAAAACAUACACGAAGACUAUUAACUUGGCGUUCAAGAACGCGGUGGAGGUGUUCGAGUUCGUUCACUCAGUCGACACGCAGGACAUCGGCACGCAGAGUCACGGCUCCAGCGGGAUCACGCCCAAAGAGACUCAGACCUCGCCGAGGACCGCCCCCCCCGACCUGCGACCCAUACACAACGACCUGUGGCCCACACUUGACCCACACAACGAGGUUGGAAAAAUGUUCGACUUGGAGAAGGACUUCAUCAAGAAGGUCAUUCUGGAGGAAUACAGCGACUUGUUUACUAAGAACACAAACAAACCGUCCACCUCCCGACCGGACCCUGACGAUGACAGGAACACAGCCGCCUCUACCAAGAUCACACAGACGUCUCCGGCACACGUCAAGAGUGUGAUGACCUCGCCCACCAGGACCAAGACGAGGACCACAUCACCGUUCACACUCUCACUGAAAGUUGAUCAGCACACCAGUCCUUUGGGCUUGUCUCAACAAGAACACCUCAAGCUUCAAGUAAAUGAAGAGGAAUUCGAUAUUUCAGUGAACCUGUCGUCGCCUAGGUUCACUCUGCGGCUGCCGCGACCCUCAACGGAGUCGCUCCCAUACACUGAACCGAACAAAAAGGAACCCGAGAAAAUAUAUUCAAAGAAAAAUAUUCCGAGCAGCUCGAGUUCACCGAACGAAGACUACUCGACGGAUGUGUCCAGUUUCGGAGAAAUAAGCCACAAGUUUAAACGAAGGCUCCGGAAGACGAGGAUCCCUUCGAUAUCGGAAAUGAGUUCGACGUCUUCUAUAUCGAGCAUCAGCUCGGCCGCGCCGCCUCUCAGGAGCGAGGGGGAGCUCAGUGUAGGACAAAUUGUAAAAAGAAAAGAGAAAAACAGCAGGAGCGAAGGGGAAAUGAGUCUAGGACGACUAGCUGAUGGCUGA